CACCCGUAUAAUUUUCUCCCGCUCUCAUUUACAGAGCAGACACAUGCUCAGGGUGGGAGAGUGAGCCGGAAGGGACAACCCUUGUGUUCUUUUCCAGCUGCUGUUUCUUUCCUUCUUCUGCUGCGUUUCUCCUGGGUUUUGGUCUGGUGUGGUGUGCUUUUGGGUUCGCUUUCUAAACCACGCCUUCAUUCAUAGCCAAACAUGUCUGCUGCUGCUGAAUCAAAGCAAUCUGUUGAAGUUUUAAACGAGCUUUUCAGCAAAUUGGCAAUUGCCACCCCUGACAAUGUGGAUGAUGCUGCAACUAAUGUCGCUUCUUUCCUUAACGGUGAGAUCAUCGAGCACGAUGUUCCUGUCGAGUUCUUCCAAGAAUUGAAGAAGGCCAUCAAGGACAAGAAGGCUGCUGCCAACGCCUUGGAAGCAAUCGCACACAUUGCGUCUGCCUCCGACUUGUCUCCUUCUGUGGAGCCAUACAUCGUCGAGUUGACCGGUGACAUCUGUGAAAAGACCGGUGACAAGCAACAGGAGGUCAGAGCCGUCGCCAACAAGGCCUUGACUGCCCUUGUCAACGCCAUCACCCCUGUCGCCAUCAAGGACAUCUUGCCUAGAUUGAUCGAAAGAUUGUCCACCACCUCCAAGUGGCAAGAAAAGGUCGCCAUCUUGGGCGCCAUCUCUCUCUUUGUCGACAACGCCAAGGACCAAUUGGCCUUGAGAAUGACUGACUUGAUUCCAGUCCUCUCCGAAGCCAUGUGGGAUACCAAGUCCGACGUCAAGGAAGCUGCCACCGAGUGCAUGACCAAGUGUACCGCCACCGUUGAAAACAAGGAUAUCGAACCUUUCAUUCCAAAGUUGAUUGCCUCUAUCGCCAACCCUAAGGAGGUCCCAGAAACCGUCCACUCUUUGGGUGCCACUACCUUCGUUUCCGAAGUCACCACCGCCGCUUUGUCCAUCAUGUCUCCUUUGUUGUCCAGAGGUUUAGCUGAAAGAGACACCUCCAUCAAGAGAAAGGCUGCUGUCAUUAUCGACAACAUGUGUAAGUUGGUCGACGACCCUCAAGUUGUCGCUCCUUUCAUGCCAAACUUGUUCCCAGCUUUGAAGGCCAACUUGGACGUCAUUGCUGACCCAGAAGCAAGAGCUGUUACCGAAAGAGCAUUGAACACCUUGAGAAGAGUCGGUGCUGUUCCAGAAGAUGACUCUAUUCCAGAAAUCUCCCACGCCGGUGAUGUCAAGGUUAACUUGGACAUUUUGGAAAAGCUUGUUUCCGACAAGCCAGCUAGAUUCAACGUCGUCAAGUCUUACGUCGCUGCCAUUGCCGGUGACUUGAUUGAUGAAAGAAAGAUCGACCCACAAGCUUGGGGCUUAUCUUUGACCCCAUUCUUGACCAUUUUCUUGCACGAAAAGGAAUCCAAGGAGAUCAUUGAAGAGUUCAGAAAGACCUCUGUUGACAACAUUCCUCAGCCACCUGUCUGGGAAGACGAAGACGAUGAAGGUGAGGACUUAUGUAACUGUGAAUUCUCCUUGGCUUACGGUGCUAAGAUCUUAUUGAACAAGACUCAAUUGAGAUUGAAGAGAGGUAGAAGAUACGGUUUGUGUGGUCCAAACGGUGCUGGUAAGUCCACCUUGAUGAGAGCUAUUGCUAACGGUCAAGUUGAAGGUUUCCCAACCCAACAAGAAUGUAGAACUAUCUACGUUGAGCACGAUAUCGAUGGUACUCACGCUGAAACCCCAACUACCGACUAUGUUGUUGCUGAAGGUGACACUGGUGACAGAGAUACCGUCAGAUCAAAGUUGAGAGAGUUCGGUUUCUCCGAAGAAAUGUUGGACUUGCCAAUUUCCGCAUUAUCUGGUGGUUGGAAGAUGAAGUUGGCUUUAGCCAAGGCCGUUUUGAAGAACGCUGAUAUUUUGUUAUUGGAUGAACCAACUAACCAUUUGGAUGUUGUCAACGUUAACUGGUUGGUCAACUACCUUUGUACCUGUGGUAUCACCUCCAUCACUGUCUCCCACGAUUCUGGUUUCUUGGACAGAACUGUUCAAUACAUUAUCCAUUACGAAGGUUACAAGUUAAGAAAGUACAAGGGUAACUUAACCGAAUUCAUCAAGAGAGUUCCAGCUGCUAAGGCUUACGAAGAAUUGGCUGCUUCCACCACCGAAUUCAGCUUCCCAGAACCAGGUUUCUUGGAAGGUGUUAAGACCAAGCAAAAGGCUAUUGUCAAGGUCUCCAACAUGAGUUUCCAAUACCCAGGUACCAAGAAGCCACAAGUCACUGAUGUUAAUUUCCAAUGUUCUUUGUCUUCUAGAAUUGCCGUUAUUGGUCCAAAUGGUGCUGGUAAAUCCACCUUGAUCAAUGUCUUGACUGGUGAAUUAUUGCCAACCACUGGUGAAGUCUACGUUCACGAGAACUGUCGUAUUGCUUACAUUAAGCAACACGCUUUCGCACAUAUCGAUUCUCACUUGGACAAGACUCCAUCUGAAUACAUCCAAUGGAGAUUCCAAACUGGUGAAGAUAGAGAAACCAUGGACAGAGCUUCCAGACAAAUCAACGAAAAUGAUGAAGAAGCUAUGAACAAGAUCUAUAAGAUCGAAGGUACCCCAAGAAGAAUUAAUGGUAUUCACGCUAGACGGAAGUUCAAGAACACUUACGAGUAUGAAUGUUCUUUCUUCUUAGGUGAAAACAUUGGUAUGAAGUCUGAAAGAUGGGUUCCAAUGUUGUCUGUUGAUAACGCUUGGUUGCCAAGAGGUGAAGUGAUUGAAUCCCACUCCAAGAUGGUUGCUGAAGUUGAUAUGAAGGAAGCUUUAGCAUCUGGUCAAUUCAGACCAUUAACCAGAAAGGAAAUCGAAGACCAUUGUGCUAUGCUUGGUUUAGAUGCUGAAUUGGUUUCUCACUCUAGAAUCAGAGGUUUGUCUGGUGGUCAAAAGGUUAAGUUGGUCUUAGCUGCUUGUACAUGGCAAAGACCUCACUUGAUUGUCUUGGAUGAACCAACUAACUAUUUGGACAGAGAUUCCUUAGGUGCUUUAUCCAAGGCUUUGAAGGCUUUCGAGGGUGGUGUUAUCAUCAUUACUCACUCUGCUGAGUUCACCAAAGACUUGACUGAAGAAGUCUGGGCUGUUCAAGACGGUAGAAUGGUUCCAUCUGGUCACAACUGGGUCCAAGGUCAAGGUGCUGGUCCAAGAUUGUCCAAGAAGGAAGACGAAGAAGACAAGUUCGAUGCUAUGGGUAACAAGAUUGCUGCUACCAAGAAGAAGGCUAAGCUUUCAUCUGCCGAAUUAAGAAAGAAGAAGAAGGAGAGAAUGAAGAAGAAGAAGGAAUUAGGUGAUGCUUACGUCUCCUCCGAUGAAGAAUUCUAAGCUCCGUUCCUCUUUACUUCCACAUAUUAAUAUACUCUUUAUAUUAUAUACUAAUCUCUUUUUAUUCGUUAUAUCAGAUACUAAAUUCUUUUAUCUAUUUACUUCGCAAA